UUAAAUGUAUUGCAUACCUCCUGCUGCCAUAGUAAAGACCCAUUUCCAAUAUUUACAUGAUUUUCUUCUCUUUCUGCUCCCAUUUGAUGUAGUGGAGCAGUUAUGAAAUAGUGUUCUAUAAAUACUUUACAGAAUUUCAGAAAUAAAUAUACAUACAUAUUAUAGUGAAUUACCACAGUUACCUUAUGGUGUUUGGCAGUGAUUUAAACAUUGAAUUCUGAAACUAUUUCUUCUUGUAAACUCAAAGAUGUGGAUUCAGACUGCAAUUAAAUAACCACACAACAUUGGUGUUUGUCAAAAAAUGGUAGAUAAUUCGGAUCGGCUGGGGAUUUUUAGGUGGGUGGUGAGAGAUAAACACAGACAUUCUGGAUUCAGGCGGCAAUACAAUCACAUACUUCCCCCAGUAAAUGCUUAAAAUAACUUGCGUCCCCAUGAGAAACCGUUACUAUCCAAAUAGGGCUUUUGUGUGUAUUACCCUGUCCACCAUAUAAGAGUAGUGUUUAGGCCAAUUACAGUGACCUCGAAUUCAUUAUAUUACCGCAUGUAUUUCAUGGUUAUUAGUAAAUUUUUAGUUAAAAAGCACAUUUUAGUAGUUCAAAUAGACAGAUAUGUAAACAUUAUAUAAACAUUUGUACAUGAUGUUGGUUAAAUAUACAUAAACCUACAUUAUAUACAUUAACAACAAUCCCUGAAACGCUGUCAUCAUAUUGAUUAUGGUAAAUUCUAUAAAACUCAAAAUAAAUGUAACCAAAAUAAAUUUAACACGACAUUGUUAUUAUUUUUUAAAUUGUGUAUCAGUUUCUGUUUCAGUUACUUUUUAACCUGGAAAAGUGUUUUGCCCCACUAGUGUCUCCUAAUUUCAAACGUAGGCCCCCUGAUGACCUUCUGCCUGAAACGGGUGUAAGAGUUUUGGGUGCUGUUACCUUGGCAUCAGUUGCUUAGCAACCCCUGGUCAUGUCCUGGCUCGGCUCCAGACGUUCUGUCAGAGAGACGGAGGAGUUCUGACCCCUGAACCAGACAUUUCUAACUUCAUAUCCUCACAGAGCACACAAAAGCAAUGUCAUAUCUGGUUGGUGAACCGAUUUUAUUUAACCUCUCUCUAGUCUUAUCCCAGUUAUUAUACCAGUCUUAUGAUUUACUGUGUGAAUUAAUCUGCUUUAGGAGAUGCCUCUUCAAGGAUUUACAACAACAUCAGGAGCAAAAUGGUUCGAAUUCUGUAUUUAAAAUGCCUCAGUGUUAGAAGUUUUGACGAAGACAUUUUCCUUCUGCUGCAUUUUGUUCUUCGUUAGAAAUGUCAUUCCUCCCCCUCACUCCCUUUUAUCUUGUUUUUGUCUCUCUGUCUGGGAAACAACACAUUUCAUCUAUUCAACUUCGAUCUGUUAAACUCUGCAUGCAAGAGAGACCCAGAGACAGGACACAUUUUUCACUCGAAUUGCAUUGCUGAGAACUUAAUUUGUACCAAAAACAUUGCAUUAAAUUAGAAAAGAAGCUUUUUUCCUCUGGUGGUCUCAGACUUUGACUCCACUUGGUCUGCUAUAAUGUUUCUACAGCUAAAGGCUUUUGAGAAACCCUGAAAAGAGAAUGAUAAAAAAAGAAAAACUAGACAUCUUAGCACUUAGCAUUUUAGUGAUUUUAUGUCACUCACAAUCACAAAAUCAAUAUAUUUCAAGUUCAUGUGUAUAUGUGUGUAAGUGUUUUAAGUAGGAUCUUGUCACGCUCUUCUGAAGGAUGUUGAUCUGUGGCACAUGCUGAACAGGUUUUCCGUCGGUGCUGAAAUAAGAUUGAAUGAUGGGUGAUCAGAGGAAAUGAGUGAAAACAUCUUCAGAGAGAGAGAGAAGAAAGAGAAUAAAGCCGGUGAUUUAGUUUUAUAAGAUUACGCUCACUUUAAUUAGGUAAAGAAGCUUUCUAAGCAUUGGAAUCUAUCCUGAAGGCGUUAUAAGAAGCAUCCAGUGGCUGAGCCUCUAUUCUGCCAUUGAUUUGUGUGUUAAAUGCUUCCAGUUCCUUCUGCAGUGAGUGGUGUGAUAUUUCAGCCGGAUCAGAGGUGAGAUCUACUGCUUCUGCUGCUGCUAUCAGAGAUGCACCGGUGCAAAGACCGAAAGCUUUGACAGAGCUUGGUCAAAAAUGUGACGUUGUUCUUCAGGAGACGUCCUUAGAUAAAGUGCUGCUGCAUGAGGAGGUGCUGCGUCUGCAGGAGGAGGUGUCCGUGCUGAAGCAGGUCAGGGAGAUGUUGAAUCGUGAGCUGGAGGAGACAGGAGGAGGCUGCUCUGUGGAGCUGCUGUCUGUUUCACAGCUCCGCGUGCAGCUAACACAGAAAGAGCAGGAGCUGGACAGAGCAAAGGAGGCAUUGCAAGCAAUGAAGGCAGACAGGAAGCGUUUGAGGUUGGAGAGAACUGAUCUGGUGAAUCAGAUGCAGCAGCUCUACACAACACUGGAGAGCCGUGAGGAGCAGCUACGAGACUUCAUACGCAACUAUGAGCAACACCGAAAAGAGAGUGAGGAUGCAGUGAGAGUUCUGGCAAGGGAAAAAGAUCUGUUAGAACGGGAGAAGUGGGACCUACGCCGACAAACCAAAGAGGCCUCAGAACAUGCAAGUGCACUCCGAUCAGCACUGGACCUGAAAGAGAACAGGAUCAAGGAGCUGGAGGCUGAACUGACUAUGAUGAGUAGCUUUAUGGCUCAGAAACUAGAGAGUCGCGUGUUUGUUCGAUCUCCAGAAAGACCAGCCUCACCCAAAACAGUGUCGGCAAAACAGUCUUUGGCUACUCUCACUAAGGAUGUUCCUAAGCGACACUCGCUGGCCAUGCCCACAGAGACUGUCGUCAACGGCAACCAAGAGUGGGCGAUGCAUGCAGAGCUUCCUCUGACUGCAGCGAUACGACAGAGUCAACAAAACCUUUACCACUCAAUGGACAGACAGGUGCUGAAAGCAUCACCGUGUGUGUGCGAUGCUGAUGGCAUCAGCAUGAUGUCAUCAGCUGCAGCCAGGAUCAGUCCGUGUCACUCUAAACAACCGUCAGUCAUCUCAGACGCCUCGGUGAUGGAGGGAGAGAGAUCCUCAACGCCAUCCGAUUCACCACGACACAGAACACACUCCCUCUGCAAUUCUCUAGAGGAUCUAGAGGAGCAGAGACGCAGAAAGAAGAAAGAGAGGAUGGGUCUGGGCUCUCUGUCGCGGGUGUUCGGUCGAGGAAAGCAAAGAAAGUCUCUGGACCCCACUCUGUUUGAUGACUCCGACAGUUUAUCAAGCCCCGCCCGCCUCAGUGUGAGCCUAUCAGAAUGCGAGGAGCAUCUGGAUCGUCUUCAGCAGGUGGAGCUCGCGCGGACGGCCCCCAUGUCCCGUUGGCGUGCAGGAACCGUGCAGGCGUGGCUGGAGGUGAUCAUGGCCAUGCCCAUGUACAUACGGGCCUGUGCAGACAACGUUAAAAGUGGGAAGGUUUUGUUAGUUCUUACGGAUGAGGACCUGGAGUUUGUUUUAGGGAUCAGUAAUUCAAUGCACCGCAGGAAACUCCGUCUGGCCAUUGAAGACUACAGGGAUGCGGAUUUAGGACACGGCCUUUCUAAAGCAGCUGAUCUGGAUCACCACUGGGUGGCUCAGGCCUGGCUGAUGGAUGUAGGUCUCCCUCAAUAUUCUCAGUUCUUCCACACUCACCUUGUGGACGGACGUCUCCUAAGUACACUCACGCGCACCGACCUUGAGAAGCAUCUGCACGUGUCUAAAAAAGCCCACCAGAACAGCCUGCUGCUGGGAAUACAGCUGCUACACACGCUCAACUUUGACAAAGAGAUUUUGCAGUCCAGGCGAUCAGAGUGUGAGAAUCAGAACACAGACCCUGUAGUGUGGACCUGUCAUCGCAUCAUCAAAUGGAUCAAAGAGAUUGAUCUGAAGGAGUUUGCUGACAAUCUUCAGAGCAGUGGGGUUCAUGGUGCCAUCAUGGUGAUGGAUCCCUCCUUCAGCUCUGACACCAUGGCGGCGGCCUUGUGUAUUCCAAGCAACAAGCACAUGGUCCGUCAUCACCUGAAUGAAGAGGUGAAGGCACUUGUCAGUGCAGCCAGGGCAGAGCUUGAUCAGGAAGUCGAACCUUUGGGGACUCCGCCCACACUUCACCGGCAAAGCUCUCUUAGCAGCUCAUCACCUAGCUGUCUUGAUGAUCAGCAGUCUUUAAGGAGGGUGAAGCAGCAGCUUGGUCUCAGCCCAAAGAACUUCGCUGGACGAAAGAUCAGUCAUCAGAACAGAUCCGGGUCAUUUCCAAGGAAUGGACUUCAGGAGGUCUCGCUACAACGAGAGCGUUGCCCGGUUCGACAUUUUUCUGCUGCUGAGCUCACAAAUGUCUGAGUCUUUCUCCUGUUGAGAUCACUGAUGGAAAACAUAACAAACACAUUCUGAGGAAAAACAAAGACACUUUCUUCAAGCUCCCAAAUGGGGGAUUUUAUUUUUCAAGGUGAAUGUUGAUGAAAUUUUAAUGAAAGUGCACAUUUUCAGUCUCUGGACUCUCAGUUUGCCAGUCGGCUUUGCUUUGUAGACCCUAUGUUGUUGUCUGUGGCUGUAGACUCGUUUGUCUCAAAGUGAGAAUCCAUAUGUUUAGAUUUUCACAAAAUUAUUGAUAUUAAAAGGGAAAGUGACAUGACAUUCAGCCAAGUAUGGGGACCUACACUCAGAAUUCGUGCUCUGCAUUUAACCCAUCUAAAGUGCACACACACAGCAGUGAACACACACACACCCAGAGCAGUGGGCAGCCAUUUAUGUCAAGGCGUGGUAUUGAAUUUGGACCCCCCCCCCCCCACCAAUGUUUCAAAUGGUUCAAAUCUGCUGCUUCUGUGCACCGACUGUAAAUCACUAAUCUCAAUAUCAUGCAAACAUAGCUAUGCUAUCAACUCCAAGAUCAUGCACAUUGCUAAGCUGAAGCAGGGGUUAGGCUAAUCAUCAUAGUAAAUGUGCAAAUAUAAAAGAUAUGACUGUUGUACAUUUAUGUGUUUAUUAACUGACUUUCUGAAGCAGCGUUAAAGGAGGUGCAUAUUUGUAUAGAUAAAGACAGGACUACAUGUUCUCCAUAUUAAAAUGGUCUUAAAUUUUAGUUGACUCUUCUCUCUGGCAGCCUACUUCUGUAUUUUAUCCCAGGACAUUAAGACAAGACAACAUUUUUUCCCACUUUGGCAUUGUUGUGUUUUUGUUAAAUAUUUGUUCCUCAUAUUUCUGGUAUCUGAUAAACAUUUUACCUGACAUUCCCACAGUUUCCCACUCAGGAUUAAUAAAGUAUUUCAUUAUACUGAGAAAAAUACGUAAUACAUGUCAGAACACUCCUUUUUCCAUUUACUGUUACAAAGUUACAUGAUAUUUCCUAACGUAAAGAGGAAGCACUUUGUCAAUAUGGUCAACCUUUGUCCAGCAUUAUUAACACUGCCAGAAUCACAACUGCCAAUAAAGUAGUUAAAUAUUGUUGAGCAUUUGUCCCGCUCUAGGAAUUGAUGUUUGUCUGAACCUUGUUUGACGUAUUUAUGUGGGUGAUCCUGGUCAUUUGAUGUGCACCACCCUGACUGAAGAAUGGUGAUAAACAAUGCUAGUAUCUUGAAAAGUGUAUAAACAAACUUCAUGUCAUAAAUAAACUUAAUGUCAACUUCUGUACAAACCUACAGUCUUCCUAGAGGUUAUCAGUAAUUCUUAAACGGUUUUUAAAAAAUUGAGAAAAAAGACUGAAAUACAAAAAGAUGAACGAAAAUAAGAUGAACACUUUUGACUGUUAAGAAACUGGAAACCUUAAUAGAUUGUGAUUCUAUUUUAAAAUAAAGUUUAGAUUUUUCCCUGUA